CACCCAUAAACCUUGGCUGACACGGUCUCUACCAAGCAGCUCGAGCUCAUCGUCUUUCGUUUUCUUCUGACUGCGCAACUCUAGAGGCUCAAGCUCGAUCCACACUGGAAAAAUUUCCUUUUCAUCGGAAUAAAUCAAUCUCAUCUCUUCAGAUGUGGAAAAUACGAGGACGGAGAGUGUGAUAUAUCGGAUCAUGGUGUAGAGUUUACAAACGAUCUCGAAUUCAUGGACGCUCUUAGCAGCGAACGAUAUUACGUCCAGGCGUCCAGACGUUCGUAGAUACGAUUUCCCAUCUUCAUCUCCGUCGAAACCGCGUACUUGAAGCAACAUGACCAUUGCUGCGCUUGACGAAGCCUUACUGCGCUUACGACGACUUCAAGUUUUCACAAAUCGCCUCAUGGGCAAAGUAGGACUGCAUAAAUACGAUAACGACUCGCAGCAUCUGACCCUACAUCAUCCUGACCUCCCAAUCGAAAUCAUGCAAAGCGAACGACAACGACGAGCUCAAGCCGCUGAAGAACGCCUUCGAAGACUACAAAAUUCGACGUCUUUGAAUGUUCCUUCCAAGUCGACUUACAAAGACCAUGACGCAGGCGUUUGGGAUCGGCAUGAGAUCCGCAAACAAAUCAACACGCUUUUGGAGAAGCAUGGUGUACGCACACUGAAAACGCUGCGUUCGAUUGCUGAAAAUAUCCUCAAACCUGAGAACCUGGACAACCCGAAGAGCAAGUACAAAAUCCUAGCAAUGGAGUCUGAUGCCGUGAAGAAGAAGAUAACAGAGCCUGCUGGUGUCAAGCAGAUGGUCAUUGACAUGGGAUUUCGAAAGAUGGACAUUGUGAAAAAUCAAGAACAUCGCGUCUGGUUGCUCAACUAUCGCGAUCGCCUUCGUUUGUACGAAGAGCUCCUGAACAACGCUAUAGUCGAAGCGCCUAUUAACGAAGCUCGAAGGGAUGAGGACUUAAGGAUCCGAAGGGAAAGAGAAGAGAAAGAGGAUUCGCGAAUGAAGGAACGCCAGCGGUUCAGGGAUGACAGAGCCCGUGUUCGUGAACGAUGUGAACGGGAAAAGCAGUUGAGAGAGAAUAGGCAAGUAGACCUUGGUACAUCUCGGGCAGUGGUGCCGGCGAAAUCGGCGAAGAUUCAUACUUUGAGCGACACCCUCUCGAAAGAAUCAGAUGCUUGUGGGGCCACGGUCGCCAAACCCCAUGGAACCGCCAUUUAGGUACAGACACACGGAUAGACGGUCUCUGUUUGCCCUUUUCUUUUGUAUGCUUCGAGUUUUCUAAGCAACAGACAGGAGGAAUCUGAUGAUACGAGGGAAUGAUGUUCUUAUGGUUGAUAAUGCUACGAAAAGAUGAAUUUUGACGAGCCUC